AUGUCCUAUCAGCAAGGAUAUCCACCGGGACCUCCCCAACAGGCAUACUACCCACCCCAGCCGGGCUAUGAGCAGCCUGGCUACAACCAGGGCUACGCUCCUCAGUAUCCCCCCGGCCCGCAAUACCAGCAACCUGGUGCACCGCAAUACCAACAAGCGCCACCGCCAGAGCAAAAGAGCAGUGAUAAGGGAUGUCUGGCCAGUUGGUAA